UCCGCUCGGGAAAGAAAUUAUUCCAUUUGACGCGCUGCCACGACAUCGUCGUGAUCUCCGCGUGAUACGCGCUUGAUUUUCUAAAAAACGAACGCGCCGAUUGACAAGAAGCCAGCUGCUAACGGCCGAGCUAUACGUGUCAUUGCAGUGGCAGUUUGAUCCUCAAGUUCAGCAUGGAAAAAAUCUACAAGGCCGAGGAGAUCGUCCGUAACAAUCACAGCAAGUCUCUGUGGAUAGUGAUUCAUGGCAGCGUGUACAAUCUCACGGAAUUCUGCAAGGAGCAUCCCGGUGGCGAGGAAGUGCUGCUGGAACUAGCUGGAAAGGACGGGAGCAAAUGUUUCGACAGUAUCGGGCAUUCCGUCGAGGCGAUCAGACUUCGGGAUUGCUUAAAGAUCGGAGAAAUGGAAAAGGGCGCGAUUCUGGAAGAGCCAGAGGCUAAACCAGUAACAAAAGCAUCAAUAGAUCAAUCAAAACUUGACGAUCAAAGGCAAAAACAAGAUGAGGAAGAACAAAAAGAGGAGGACAAAUCGUUUAUUCCGCUGAUCGCCGCCGCGGUUGUCAUUUACGCGUUUAUAGUUUAUUAUAUAUGGUUCUGGUAAAAAUAUAAUCGCACAUCUCGCUAGAUGUGCCCCGCAAAAUUCACUCAGUGAGCGCAAUUAAUUUUAACGAAACGUUAAAAAAAUAUUAUAUAUAAAAUAAUAUAUAAAAUAUUAUAUAUAUAUAUAUAUAUAUAUAUAUAUAUAUAUAUAUAAAGAAUACGUAGAAUUGCGUAAAAUCUGUCCCCUCAAAGGUGAAAGUUUCUUUUCCAUAAGAAAUUUAUUAUUUUUAACAAUUUAAAAACACUCCUGAAUCGUGUUAAUAUGCGCGAUGAUUUAUUUUUGUGACGUCGAUGAGACGAACGACAAAAAGGGAAUCAUAAAUCAAUCGAGCAUUUCGAUCAAUUUAUUCUGCUUUAAUAAACUUUGUUCAUGAAAUUUCUCUGAAUAGCCGUCGCGCAACCUGCGGAAGUGACAUUCGUGUAUACGUUUGCAUAAUUAAAUUUGUAUGUUACAAUGCGAGCUGCCACGGGAGAAGAGCCCGCUGAGGAAAUAAAUCAUAUUGAAAAUUA